AUGCGGGAAGACAUCGACGAGACCAUCGUUACCGAACACAUUCCGCCUUCUCUCCAAUAUACCUGCCGCCACUGGCAUUUCAGCCCACUCGCCAGCAUUGUCCGCAACGAGUCCCAGAAUCAGGCAUUACAAAGUGUCCGAGUGAUAAGAGAAAUCCCAGAGCGGUGGAGUGUAUGCUUAUUAACUUGUGAGGGCCACUCUGGCUCGGUCCGCAGUGUGGUGUUCUCGGCCGACGGGUCGCGCAUCGCCUCUGGCUCCGACGACAACACGGUGCGGGUGUGGGAUGUACAGACGGGCGCGUGCGAGCAGACACUCGAGGGCCACUCUGACACGGUCAACAGCGUGGUGUUCUCGGCCGACGGCUCGCGCAUCGCCUCUUACUCCGACGAUAAGACGGUGCGGGUGUGGGAUGUACAGACGGGCGCGUGCGAGCAGACACUCGAGGGUCACUCUAGCUUAGUUAACAGCGUGGUGUUCUUAGCCGACGGGUCGCGCGUCGCCUCUAGCUCCGACGAUAAGACGGUGCGGGUGUGGGAUGUAUAG